AUGGCUCCCUCUCUCAUCAGCAAAAUCGAGACGUUCCGCGUCCCGCCGCGCUGGCUGUUCGUUCGCGUCGAGACGCAGGACGGGAUUGUCGGUUGGGGAGAAGGCACCCUUGAAGGACACACCGAGGCGAUCGAGGGCGCGUUCCUCGACUUGCAAAGGUUCGUGGGCGCUGAUGCGGAUAAUAUCCAGGAUAUAUGGCAGAUGGCGUACCGGGGGCGGUUUUAUAGAGGCGGGCCGGUGUUGAUGAGCGCGCUGUCGGGGCUGGAUAUUGCGUUGUGGGAUAUCAAGGGCAAGAAGCUGGGUGUCCCGAUAUAUCAGCUUCUAGGUGGCAAGGUGCGCGACCGUGUUCGGGUGUAUGGAUGGAUCGGAGGAGACGACUUUGAGCAUCUCAUCGAGCAAGCGAAGAGGAGGAAGGAGCAGGGUUUUACCGCCGUGAAGAUGAAUGCUGUCGAAUCUGUUGCAUGGAUUGACUCGCCGACGGUCCUGGAGACAGCGGUGCAGAGAGUGAAAGAUGUCCGCGCGUUAGGACUCGACGUCGGCGUCGAUUUCCACGGAAGGCUGCACAAGGGCAUGGCCAGGCAGCUCGCCAAGUUGCUCGAGCCGCACCAGCCGUUCUUCAUCGAAGAACCCCUCCUCCCCGCGCACCCCCAGGAGACGGCCGACCUCGCCAAGCUCGUGAGCACACCCAUCGCACUGGGCGAAAGGCUUUUCUCGAGAUCCGAUUUCCGCCCCUACUUCGAAAGCCGCGCCAUCGACAUCGCACAGCCCGAUGUGUCUCAUUGCGGUGGAAUCAGCGAGCUGCACCGUAUAGCAGCGAUGGCGGAGACGUAUGAUGUGGGCGUCGCUCCUCAUUGUCCACUGGGUCCGAUUGCGCUGGCUGCUUGCAUCCAAGUCGGGACUGCGGUUCCGAACUGUGAGUCAUAG